AAUUUACAGCUCAAGUUUCAACUAUAAAAACUCCAAUUUCUUCUGCUGCACAAGGGAUAUCGUCUGAGCAAAACAAUAGCAGACAGGAAAAUUGUAGAUUAAGGAAGCUUUUGGUCGUAUAAACCGCGUAAUGGAAAUAUCAGCAUUUCACUUUGUGUUGUCUAUGGCCAUUCUAGUUGUUGGUUCUUCACCUGCGGAUGCCUAUGAUCCCGACCCGUUGCAGGAUUUCUGCGUUGCCGUCAAUGACUCCAAGGCUGCUGUAUUUGUGAACGGAAAGAUUUGCAAGGAUCCAAAAACCGUCACGUCAGAUGACUUCUUCAUUUCGGGUUUGAAUAAGCCUGGAAAUACAUCAAAUCCGUUUGGAUCAAGAGUGACUCAUGCUUUCGUUGAUGAUUUACCAGGGCUCAACACCCUUGGCAUUUCCAUAGUCCGCAUCGACUUUGCACCAAACGGUGUCAAUCCGCCCCACGAGCAUCCUCGUGCGUCUGAAAUACUUGUGGUGUUAAAAGGCAAGCUCUAUGCUGGCUUCAUAACGACGAACCCUCCAAACCCGAACCACAAGAACAAGCUCUUCGCCAAGAUCUUGAAGCCUGGAGAUGCGUUCGUGUUCCCAAAGGGUCUGAUUCAUUUCCAAUAUAACGUCGGGAAAACAAGUGCAGUUGCAAUAGCUAGUCUAAACAGCCAGAAUCCUGGAAUCAUGACCAUCCCAAAGGCCGUUUUCGGAUCAGAGCCGCCUGUUAGAGCUGACGUUCUCGUGAAAUCGUUCCAAGUCCGCGAGAAGUUGGUGGAGUAUCUCCAGUCACUGCCCUGGACGGGGAACAACUAGACAUGCACAGGAUUUAAAGACUACAUAUAUUGCAGUUUGCACUGAUCAUCUUCAGUGUAAUAAAAAGGUGACCCUCAAUGUUGGGGUCUUGAUUGAUUGUUGAAAAAUUUGUUUCUAGCUGAAUAUGCAUGUAUCCGCUCCAAGUCCUGUUUGUUGCCGGUACGCAGAUCUGUGUGUGUAAGAUCCUUGAAAGUUAAAUGUCUGAAUAAAGUAUGUUUCAGUAA